CGGAACAAGAAAAGCUUUACUUUCGAGUGGUAUUUCACUCGAUCUUUAUUUUUAGAAAAUCCUUUUAGAUUUGCAAAUGUAUUGUACUGGAGGCUGUUUCAAUUGCUUCAGUACUCCAGCGUAAAACCACUGAAAAUACCUCAAAUAUCGGAGAUAAUCUUGCGUGACCGCAUAAUYACCGAGGCAAKAUGGCGGCCUACAGCCAAGCCUCUGCUCCUCCACCGUACUCUGAAGUCCUUACUUCGACCAACCCGACCUCUUUUACAAGCUCAAUUCCAGCAACCCAAGUUGAACUACAUGUAUCAUGCAGAAAUCUUGCAGACCUCGAUGUUUUUUCCAAAUCAGAUCCAAUGGUUGUAAUGUUUGUUCAGGCAUUGGGGACGAAGGAAUGGAGAGAGCAUGGAAGAACAGAAGUCAUCAUGAACAAUCUCAACCCUGACUUUGUAAAGAAAUUCACCAUAAAUUAUUUCUUUGAGGAGGUGCAGAAAUUAAAAUUUCAAGUGUAUGAUAUAGACAAAAAAUCGGCAAGACUGCAGGAUCAUGUAAGUGAUUAUAUAUACAAGGAGUGUCAUGAUUUUGAUAAUUAUCAUAUCCUAUUAAUUAAUCAUUAUAAAGUUUAUAAAGAAUCAUUAUUAAUUAAUAUUAUAUGUGAUGAUGUUGUUUUUUUUCAAUUCCGUGGCCAUAAAUUAGACAAAAUUUUUUUUUUUGGAAAGUCGGAUCCGUUUUUGGUAUUUUUUUUUAGCAAUGAAGAUAACAGCUUUACCGCAUUUUUUUUUACUGAAGUCAUCAAGAAUACACUCAAUUUUUUUUUGAAAGAGUUCAGCAUUCCUUCGAGAGCCUUUUUUUUUGGAGACUAUGACAGGUUGAUACGAGUGGAGUGCUAUGACUGGGACUUUUUUUUAGGCCAUGACCUUAUUGGCAUAUUUUCCACUACGCUACGUGAGCUUACUACAAAUACAAAUAUAACAUUCGAGUUAAUACACCCAGGAAAGAAAGCAAAGAAGAAGAGUUACAAGAACUCAGGAACGAUCUCAAUACUUCACUCAAAAAUUGAACAGCAACCAACAUUCUUGGAUUAUAUCAGAGGAGGAGUACAGAUCAAUUUUAUUGUUGCAAUCGACUUUACUGCUUCAAAUGGUGACCCUCGUAACAGCAACUCAUUACACUACUUAAACCCAUACGAACCCAAUUUAUACGUCAAGGCAUUAACUUCAGUGGGUGCAAUAUGCGAGGACUACGACACCGACAAGAUGUUUCCAGCUUUAGGAUUUGGUGCUAGAAUACCACCGAAUUGGACAAUAUCACAUGAGUUUCCCUUGAAUGGACUGCCACAAAACCCUUUCUGCGAUCGAGUCGAGGGUGUGAUCGCGGCAUACUUUCAGAGUAUACAGAGUGUACAAUUAUACGGACCAACAAACUUUGCGCCCGUGAUACGAAAAACAGUCGGCAUUGCAAAACAUAGCGAGCAUCAAAAGCCAGGGCAAGAGUACUUUGUUUUGCUAAUACUGACUGAUGGUAUUAUAUCGGACAUGGAGCAAACAAAAGCAGCCAUUGUUGAGGCUGCUUCACUUCCCGUGUCAAUUAUCAUCGUAGGRAUUGGYCCUGCUGAAUUCGAUGCAAUGGAAGAGUUGGAUGGWGAUACUGUUCGGUUAUCAUCACGUGGUCGGUACGCUGAGAGAGAUAUUGUACAGUUCGUGCCUUUUCGUGACUAUCUCGGUAAGGGAUCCACUGGGAACGUCCUUAGUGGUGCUCGCUUGGCAAAAGAUGUCCUYGAAGAACUGCCAGAUCAAUUCCUUGAAUACAUGAAAAAGAGGGGCUUUAARCCUCACCAACCUCAAUAGAACUUGAAUUGUUCCUUGGGAGUGAUUCGUUGUAGAAGGCGCGCUUUGAUUAUCACGAACCUCGAAUUCCUUUUUAUUACUCGUGUAAAAAGGCGUAAAACCUUCUCUCCUCCAUAGAACCUAUUAUCCUUUUUCAUGAAAUACUUGAUAUAUAACAGUGUUUUUAUUGCCGCGUUUAUAUGAAAGGUGUUCGUCGGGAAUUUUUUAAUAAGGAUAUAUACUCUUUUAUCAAGUAAUUAUAAAACGAGCUUUUUGUAUUUUCUUUCACUCCUUGRCGUGAUGGCAUAUCACUAAAUGAUUGUUAAUAAGGAGACAUGAUAUGAGAAUUCAUGAAAGAAAGCUGUAGCAAACAUAAAUGUAUUAUAUUAGCGCUCCUUGGAAACAAUAUGCAAUGGUUAAACUUACUAGUACUUAAUAUGUAAAACAAACAAGCAAAAUACCGUAAUUAAGUACUAAUUAAACCUUUAUUUAAUAACAAUAUUUUACCCACA